UUUGCCGUUAGGUAUCCGAAUCAAAAGUCUCUGGCGGUUCGUCUGGUUAAAGGCAAAUAUUACUACAUGGAGGCUAUAAUGAAAGACGAUCAUCAAUUGGAUCACUUGGAAGUUGGUGUACAAACACCCGAUGGCCAAUUUUACAAAGUCAUACCCUCAAAGUUCCUCUGGACAACCCUGCGUGUGACAAGUAUACAAAAUAGCACUGUCCUAGCCGUCUUGGUUCAAGCCGCAGCGAAAGCUGGAGCAGCAGCUGGUUCAUCACUAGGGGCAACGUGGGCGAGGAAAAGUGGGGCAAAAGCAGGAGCAAAGGCUGGUGCAUUGGCAGGAAUGGAAGCUGGAGCCUCGGCAGGGGCUAAUGCAGGCGUGAAAGCCGCCAUAACCACAAUGAAAAAAACUCUGGAAGAUGCACUAAACACACUUCAUGGUGAUAACUUGCAUAAAUUUAACAUCGUCAUCAAAAAUGGAAGCGUGGCUGCGGUAACUGGUCCGGGAAUGGAAGGAGCUGGUGCUGCAGCAGCUGGAGGAGCUGGUGCGGGUACUGCAGGAGCUGGAGGGGUAGGAGGUGGUGGUGGGGGAGGUGGUGGUGGAGGAGCUGGAGCUGCAGCCGGUACAGCCGGUACAGCCGGUACAGCUGGUACAGCUGGAGGUGCUGGUGGAGGAGGAGGCGGUGGAGGAGGUGGAGGCGGAGCUGGUGGAGGUGGAGGCGGAGUUGGUGGAGGUGGAGUGGGAGGAGGAGGUGGAGGUGGGGGUGGUGGAGGUGGAGGCGGAGUUGGUGGAGGUGGAAUGGGAGGAGGAGGUGGAGGUGGGGCUGGUGCAGGAGGUACUGGUGGAGGCGGAGAAGGUGGAGGUGGCGCAGGAGGUGGUGUAACGACAGGCGUAAGUACAGGAGGAGCCGCAGGUGCAGGUGGUAGUGUAUCUGGUGGUGUAGGAGGAGGUACUGCAGCCGGUGGGUCAUCAUCUGGAGCUGCGGGUGCGGCAGUAGGCGCUGGAGGGACUGCUGGCGGCGGCGUUGGUUCAAGCGGAGGAGGUUAUACAGUUAGUCGUCAAGUCACGUACAUUCUAAAACCAGGAGAAGAUCCACAAACCGUUGCUCGGGCGUUAGUCUGGAGAGUCGGAGGUGCAAGUAAACUUGUAGACAAAGGUUUAUACACUGUGCAUUCGUACAACGCUCCCUACGAACAGGAAAACGGCACUCUCAACUACUGUUGGCGAUCGCACAAUGGCGAAAUAGGCUUACAGACGUUUUGCCAGGUCUUUCAAGCUCAUAUUCCUGGACUGUACGCGCGGGCCAAAGACAGGAACACCACAGUGUCGUUCGAAUCAAUGUGCUUCCCUGGAUAUUAUAUAAAGCAGAGAAAUUACCACUUCUUUCUUGAAAAGAGGGAUGGAUCAGAACGUUUCGAUAAAGAGACCUCUUUUACCGUGUAUUCUGUGAUGAUGUAUACACGUAAUCUUCUGCUACAAUCCAUGCACAGUGAUUGGUAUAUUUGCCAGAGCGAAAAGAAGACCCUUCAUGGCGUCACUGAUAUCGUGCUGGACUUUUACGAUGGGGAUCCUGAUGUACUUGGUCGUUGCACGUUCUUAUUUCAUCCAAUAGCUCAAAACGAAAAUAAAUACAAAAUGUGCAAAUACGUGUUAGGACCAAUCAAGCAUCCCAUGAUAAGUGGACAGCCACUUCCUCAUCCACCUCACUUAAUGCCGCCGCCUACACCUCCACCUCCACCCGCAUUUCCUUCCUGUAUACCUGUAUGUCCGGCGGGAACAGAAGCCGGGGCACAGGAGCAGCCACCCAGCAUUGGAGCUCCAGAACCUUCGGUCGCCGGACCAAGUAUGUGCCCUUUAUCAUUUAAAACAAAAACUAUGUUACUUUAUCCUUUAAAACUUGGGCUGUCAGUACUUUCGCAUACAGAUCUAAUCGAGGGUCUCUUCUUAUGCUCGUUUCCUUUCUUUCCUUGAGGGGGAA